AUGUUUGACAAUUUGUGGCUGACGCUGGGCGUGGCUACUGCUGCGGCUACGGGAGUUACCUUGCUGGCUUGUUGCAUGUACUACGAUCGCAAGCGUCGCGCUAAUCCGAAAUACAAGCAAAACUUGCAGCCCCAGCCGGACGAUGAGGCCGUCAAUUUGGCUGCAGUGCAGCAAUAUUUUCAACGCGAAAUCAAACUGGGUGAGGAGCUGUUUCGGCGCCGACGUGUGGAUGAGGGUUUGGUGCAUUUGGCCAAUGCCGUUUUGGUUUGCAGUGAGCCGCAGCAGCUGCUCGAGUCGAUGCGUGUGGCAUUGCCGGAGUCGGUGUUCCGUUGCCUGUUGAGCAAGUUGCCGCAGUUGCAAUAUGCGUUCCCACCCAAUCCGGAGAGCAAUGAAGUUGGUUUCGAUUAA